AUGCAGAUCAGACAUACGACCAACGACCGGUGGACACCGAUCGUAUACUUCCGAGGUGACGCCCCGCCAAGCUUGCUAGCAGCCGAUAAGAUAAAGCCCGAUGACCUCAGCAUUGAUUCGCAACUACACCGAAUAAACAGUCCAUCCCACAUCCCUCCUCCUCCCGUUCCCGCUGCUAAAUACCAAAGAACCAUGUCCAACGAACAGUACGGACGCUCCCUCCCCUUUCCCAAGUUCCUCCUCCCUUCAUUGCCUAGCAAACGUGGCCCACGGCCCACUGCGCCGACCAGCUCCCCCGCCCCCGCCGAGAAGUACCUAGAUGGCCAUCUCUCAUACCUGUGCUGCACAGGAUGCGCCGCACACCUCUGCCUGACAUCGCAGAUCAUCAGCAAAGGAUUCACAGGCCGACAUGGCCGCGCGUAUCUCGUAUCCGCCGAGCCAGUCGCCAGCGCGGUAUCCGUCAGCGCGUCCUCGUCGCCGACCACAUCUCUGCCGAACACCGUACUCCAGCACCCCGUACCGCGGCAGCUCGUAACAGGAGCGCACACGGUCAGCGACGUGAGCUGCACAUUCUGCGGGAGCGUGCUGGGGUGGAAGUACGUUGCGGCGGAAGAGGAGUCGCAGCGGUAUAAAGUGGGCAAGUUCAUCCUUGAGACGAAGAAGAUCACCGCGUCCUCGUGCUGGGAGUCUCCACCGGACAUGAACACGAGCGGGGGGAUGCCGGGAAAGUGCCAGCCAGAUGGGUCAGAGUCUAUUUCUGCGGAUGUCGAGUUCGACAGCCAGGACGAGGAUGAAUGUGAGGACUUGUUCGCGGGGAUUUGGAGCCCUGGACUGGCUAGUCGACGCCGAAGCCGCAAGAUUGAAUGA